GUGCGUACCCCGCUCCCAAAUCCCAGCCAUAGAUCGCUUGGCGCUUCCAUUUCCAUUGUUUCCAGAGGGAGCAAGGCGCCGAACGACACAAGCCACCCACGGUCACAUCCAACCUCACCUCAGCUGCUUCACGCUGGACACGCCACGCUACGCUAUACGGCCACAACGACGACGUGCGACUGGCCAAGUUACCUGGAUCGAAACGAGUUGAAUUAUCAGAAACACUUGCUAUUGUGGCCCGGCCAUUCCCCUGUCACACCGCACGUCAUUGCCAGGACCGACAAGCUUCCCAACAACUGCGCAAUAACUAGACCUCCCACGUCAUCUCAACAGAACAUCCGCAUAUCUUAGUUCGAACCACAUAAUAAACCGCCAUGGACUACAGCGCAUCGAUACAAGACGACCAUGCUGCCGAGGCUUCGCCUUGGGGUAACUCUCCCAGUUCCUCGCCCAGACAGGAUCAGACCGGCUUCGGUUCCAGCAUCGCCGGGCUGACGGGCGAUGCCCCGCCCUCCCGUUACCAAUUCCCCUCCCACAGCUCCAACAAUGGUCUCCAUGACGAUGGCGGGUUCGGCGCAAGCGAUUCUGAUUAUAAGCGACCAGACACUGCGAGCACUGUCUCAGCUGCCGAAUCCCAUGGCGUGGAGCCCAGUAUGGACGAGCCGGGCGGCGUCCAGCAUUACACGGAAAACCACGCUUCAGGGGCUGGCGACCAUGGGCCAUUAUCUCCAGGAUCUCAGCAUCAGCAUCAGCAGCAGCAACAAUCGCAAAAUCCUGCAGCCGAAGGGGCACCUCAGGGUCAAGACCGGCCGCAACAGCAGCAGCCCCGGCGAUCGCAGGCGCCCCAGUUCAAAUUGCAGGCCAAGAUCACCGGGUUGGAACGGACGGGAAGGAAGGAUCCUAUUUUGAGAUUUGAUGUACAUACAAACUUCCCUGCCUUUAGAACGACACAGUACCGCGAUGUACGCCGUCUCCACUCUGAAUUCAUCAAGCUUGCCGAGCACUUGAUCUCGGCCAACCCCGAGGCUAUUGUGCCGGCGAUACCGCCAGCUUUGACAUCCGCCGGUGCGGGCACCGAGGAGGAUGAGAUUCGUGUCAAGGCGCUCCUCCAGCGGUGGUUCAACUACGUCUGCAGCAGCGAGGUGUUGGCCAGAGAUCCUGAAAUGGUGCUUUUUGUGGAGAGCGAUUUCGGCUACAGCCCCAUGGUAAAAAAGAAGCAGCCGGCAACUGGUGUGCGCAGAAAGAUCUUGAAGCAGUUUGCCCCGCCCCCAGAUGACACUCCUGAGCUGCAGGAGGCCCGCCCCAUUGUCAAGCUAUUUUAUCUGGGAGCGAUGGAUGCCGGGCACAAGGUUGACAAGCUUGUCAAGUCACGCAGAGGUCUCGGACUUGCUGAAUCCGACUUUGGCGUCAAACUUGGCAACAUGCACGUUCAAGAGCUCCAUCCAGGGCUAGCCAAUGCCUAUCGCAAGCUAGGCAAGAUCGUCCAGACCGUCGGCGACUUCCACGCCGCCCAAGCAACAGCUGAGGCUACCACCAUUGGUGACCCCUUCCAAUACCACUCUCAGGAUGCCUUCAUCGUCAAGGAGACCCUCACGAACCGCCAAAUUUUGAUUCGCGAGUUCCUCCAAGCCCAGGAGCAAACCCGCAGCAAACUCAACGCGGCCGACCGCCUCAAAGCCUCCUCCAAUGUCCGUCGCGAGAAAGUCGACGAAGCCAUCGGCGCCCUGCACGAAGCGCGUGAGACAGAAACGGCACUCUACCAAAAGACCACCCGCGUCACACAGAAUUUGGUUCACGAACGGCGCAAGUGGUUCGCUCGCACGGCAGCCGAUCUACGGCUCUCCAUCCGUGAAUACGUGAUUCGCGAAAUUGAAGCCGAAAGGCGCACACUGGCACUCCUCGAGUCUGUGCGACCCGACAUUCGAGCGAUCGACUCUAGCGGUGGGCUCUCGCGUCUCGGGAGAGAGGCUCAUCCGCCUGUCAGACGGGUCAGCAUGGCUACCUCCCAGGGACCCAAGGGCGACGCCUGGAGUGGUGUUCCUAGACGGCACGAUAGCAACAUGAGCAGGAGUGUCUCGGGAAGCUUUAUGGCUGGCAGCGUUUCCGAGGAAGGGGAGGAAGGCGGAGAGGGCGGACACGAUCAGGGGGCAAGGACGCGGGCGUUGAGCGGUGGCGGCGGUUCGGUGGCUGGGAAUCUGCCGGGUUUAGCGGAAGAGGACGACGAGGACAGGGUCGAUGCGAGAAAUGCGGCCAGUCGGUUGGCUACAAGCACCUUCUAACUUGUCAAAAUUCUAAAGGAUAAAGGAACAUUGGGAGCGUGGUGUGGAAGAAAUGUUUGUGAUCAAACAGGGGGGUCAACGAGUCGAGAUAUUACAUGAUGAAAAGAACUAUUGCCCAGAAGACGGGAUGGCCGAAGAUGCAGAAGUAUGAUGUAAGAGGGACACGACAGUAGUAGUCCCGCAGUAGCCAGCAAGCAAGUUAGAAGCAGCCGCAGCAGGAGGAAGAUGACGAUGCAGAAAAUGCUCGGUUUACAACUCACGUACAGCAAUGGUUACACUACC